AUGUGUCGCAUGAUCAACACCACUGAGGUCUGUGCCAACUGCGGCAAGACCGUCGACACAAAGCUCAAGCGAGACAAGUGUCCGCAUUACGGCACUACUAAAUGCAAGCAGGAUAAUGUAUAUGUCACGAAGAAAGUAUCCGUGAGCAACUGCUCGAAAUGCUCAAUGGAUGGGAAGAAUAGUGGAAAGAAAUGA